AUAAGGUUAUUUUUUGUAAACCGAUAUUAUAUUCCUGCUUAUAUAUAUAUAUAUACAAAUUAAGUUACGUCAAAUUACUGAACUAAAUUUGAAGCGUCAAAACAAGACUUGAGCUGUUCCUUUGGGGUUUUUCUUGGACGUUGAAAUAACCAACUCCAAAUUUGAACAGAUAAGGGAAAUACAACUGUUUCACUGUAACAACCCAACCCACUAGUAAUAAUAUCCGCUUUGGGUCUUAGGCCCGCACAACUUUUAAACUCGUCAUUAGGGUUUAAGGCUUCCUUCUUUAUAUACCCAAUAUCUCUUGUGUUUUGCUGAUGUGGGAUUUCCUUGGGUGUUACAUAAACCCCCUCUUUAGGAACUCAACAUCCUCACUCUGAAGUUUGCCCCACCAUUAUCUCAAAGAUGUGGGAUUUGCCUAUACCUAAUUGAAACUCAAGGUUUGCCCCAACAUUGCCCAAAGUUGCACAUAGAGUGGCUUUGAUACCAUAUGUAGCAGCCUAGCCCACUAGUAAUAUGGUCCGUUUUGAGCCUAGACCAACAUGGCUUUGAAGCAUCAUUAGGGUCUACUAAGGCUUGCUUCCUUAUAUACCCAACAUCUCUCGUGUGUUUUGCUAAUGUGGAAUUUUCCUAUGAAGUUACAUUAACUAGACAAAGCAUUACCAUAGUCCCUGCAGCUGUUCAUGUAAUAUAGAAAUGUAUGAGAUUAUGAUAUUACAUUAUCGAAAAGGUUGAAAGAUAACCCUAAGUAGGAAAUAAGUGAAACAGAGGGGAAGGACUUGGUUCGGUUAAGGUAAGUAAGGCGGUGGUGCACUAGUGUAGCUGGCUGUACACCAGUGCAUCUGCCUAACUUGUGCAUGUGCUCAUUAAGAAACAAGCCCCGUACAUCAUACUAGAAAUGAUUUGUAGUUGAUGAUGCAUUUCUCUAAGUUAUGUGUGAUUGCUUCAUUAUUGUCAAAAAAGGUUCAAACUUGUAUACAAGUCAGCUCAACCUCUGCAGUUUCACGACUAGAAGUUAUAGGAAAAAUAAUAUGCUUUAAGGAUUCUAAUGGUAACUGGUAAGGCUACUAGUAUUAGAACAGAGAUCAUCAAUAGUUCUUUCUCUCGAUUGCUGAAUUUGUGAAAGUGGGGGGACGAGUCGGAGGGAUAGUUCAGUCGCUGGAAGAGUAUAAUCUUCUGGUCAUCCUGGGCAUCAUAAUACCACUUGUAGCCUAUAUCAUACUGUAGCUUACAAGUACAGGAUUAACCUAGGCACAGUUUUUUCCAUUCCUUGUUUGUCUCUCCAAAUUCCAUGAGUGAAAUUGUGGAACACUCCUUUUCGUCCGCUCUUUCCUUACAGAUUGACAUCAAGUUCAAUCACAUGUCUCUUGUUGAUAUUCUAACCAUCUGUGUUUAUUAGCUCAUCUGAUGCUUUAGUUUUGGUUGGUCAACUAUUUUUGCCAUUAGGUGAUAAACGGUUUAUGGGAAUAAAUUGACCAAAAAAGAGGAAGAUAUAUAGAAAUUAUGGUUUUUGCUAUUCCUGAUUUCCUGUUACUGCAUUUAGAUGUAAAAUCUAGAGGACAAAAAGUACAUGGUGUGCUGAGCAUCAUAUCCAAGUUAUCUAUUUACUUUUCUUCCGUACUACGUACCAUAUCUUUUCUCUUACGGUGUUUUUGUUCUAUUUUUUGUAAAACAUGGAUCACCAUGUUAGUUCUUCCGGUCUUGGUAAUCACUCCUUUUAUAUGUUUUCUGGUAAGUGAACCCUGUUAAUCUCAACUAACACACUGGAUUCAACUUACGGUCACACUAGAGAGAAAAUUUGAGGAAUUUUUUGUGUCCUCUUUGGUCGAUGAACAAAGGGCUAGAAAACUGGUGGUUGCCACCAACUGAUGAUGGUUGGAAUUAAGUCAUAAUGGAACUUAAGAAACAUGGAGAUGAAACAACAUAUUUUGAUAACAGAAUUGACAAUGCGACUAUUGUAGUUUAGAGAGUAUAGUUGCCUUUUCUAUUCUGGUUUCCGGAGGAAAACUCAGGUUUUUUCAGUGCAAAUGAUGCAACAAAGCACAAUUUGGUUGUGCAUUUGGUCUGAUAUUGAAAAUACUUGGUCCUUAUCAAACAGGAAACAUGAAUUUUGUAAAUAAAGUUGUUGUCAUUUGCUGCUUCAGUUAGCUUUUGCUCUAUUUAAAUUAAACUUUUCAAUCAAGUUAGACGUGGUCGGCUAUAUCAGAGAAUAUUUGAACACUAACCGUCAACUCAUUGCAACCCUCCUACUUUAUCCAGGUUUUGAACCUGCUUUACUUUAGGAAGCCACAUAGACAGAGCAUACUUAAACCUAAUCUUUUUAUGGUUAUAAAAUUUAAAGGGGUAACUGAAACGUUUCAAAAGACAUACGGCAGUAUUUUUCAGGACUCUUAUAUGCGAUUGUUGUCUGUUAGCAAAAUGCAAGUCAUCCAAACGUGGUUUCUGCAUCUUUAUGGUGAUUUAGUACUCAAUUUUUCGGUAAUGAUGAGCACAGCAAAACCUAUUCUUCUUCUCUUUGCAGGACCACUUAGCACUAAUGAUGGAGCUUCUAGGAAUGAUGCCACGAAAAAUUGCCUUGGGUGGUCGUUAUUCACGUGAGUUGUUCAAUAGACAUGGUGACUUGAGGCACAUCAGACGGUUGCGCUUUUGGCCCUUAAAAAAAGUUUUAAUAGAGAAGUAUGAAUUCAGUGAGCAAGACGCAAAGGACAUGGCCGAUUUCCUGGUCCCGAUACUUGAUUUUGUCCCAGAGAAACGGCCUACUGCAGCUCAGUGCCUUCUUCAUCCGUGGAUCAAUGCUGGUCCACACCUGUUAGAACCUUCCUUGCCCGACACACAAUCAAAAGCUAUUGAUACUCUAAACUCUGUCCAAACCAAGAAACAGAAUGAAGAAACGGAGGCAAUGGAGGUCGGAAUGGGGAAAAUGGCUAUCAACAAGGACACGAGAAGUUUCAGAAGUUACUCAGUCAAAUUCUGAUACUUAUUAGACUACAUCAUCUUUGUCUAAGAUGGUGUUCAACGACUUGCUCUUUGAUCCAUUUGCACAUGGAACAGUCUUAUUGUUGAGCGAAAUAUAUCUUCAUUUUGGUAUGGUUAUUACAAGACGGGGACGCUAGGUAAAUGUGGAAGUGAAAAGGUUUGCGUGGCCGCGGACCAAAUUUGAGCUGCUCCAGAAACAAGUAUGCAAAGGAGACUGCAGAUUUUUGGACCAUUUCUUCACCUUGAAAGUAAUAUAUCAAGUCAUUAAACCAAUGUACAGAUAAGGAGCAAUUAUAGCACACUUAACUUUAGAAUCAAUGUCAUGUCUAUAUAAAAUUCAUAUUGAUUUUGAUAUGAUGCUUAUCUUGAGCAAUUUAAUUUGAAGUCCAUUCUUUUCACA